AGUACAACUGUGUUGUGUAGAAGGCCCCACUAACGAUAAAGUAGUAUCGCUUACAUUAUAGAUGUAUGUUUAUUCUAGAGAGAAUAUGUGUUUUGUACAAGUGCACCAGUCACCGUCUGAUUGAUUUAUUUCUUAUAUAGCAUAAUAUGUUGAGAUGUUACCAUGGUUACCAAGGGCAUCCAAACACAACAGGACUCGAGCAGUGAAGCAGCUUCUUUCGCCUCCACAUUGGUCUAAAGUCUUCAGAUUAAUUGAAAAUUGAGGCUCACUAGAAACAGUGACCAUGUACAAAGUGGAUUUGCCUGUAGAUCAGUCCAUUGAAAAGGCUGUGGAGAGGCGAAGGUCUGCAGCGACAGCUCGCAAGGCCAGAAUCUUCAACACCAGGCUACGUGUGAUGGGCCUCGACCUUGAUGCUCUGAACCAACAAGUCCAGGAGAAAAAUCAUAAGGAAAACAUGGAGAGACAACGACACAAAGCUUUCGAUAAGCUGAGAGAGUAUCAUGAUGACAUACUGCUGCAGCAAGACAUUGAUGAAAGAGAGAGGCGGGCAGCUUUGCACACCGACCUGGCCCAGUAUUGGACCAGUCAGCAGCGUGUGGAGGACUCUGAUGAUGCUGAUCUCAAGUGUGGCCUGAAGGGGGCAUUCAGGAUCACCAUUCCAGAGGGUGAACUGGGGCCUGCCAGCAUGCAGAUCUUUCAGGGAGAGGGUAUCAGAGAGGAGCAAACGAGGAGAGAACAAAUGAAACAGACAGAAAGAGAUCUGCGCGCGCAGAAGGAAGACAAUGCAAUAAGACACAUGGGAAACAAGCACAAAGAGAUGCUUGUGAGCAGAGAGCUGGUGCACCAGGACCUAAGGGGGGUUGAGCAAGCGGCUCAAGAGGAGGAGCGUAAGAAAGCUGCCCGCAUCGCAUACGACAACUACAAUCAAGCUCUGGCUGCAGAGCGGGCAGAGAAACUGAAGCAGCAGCACAGGAGAGAGGAAAGGGAGAACCUUGCAGAGAUGUGGCACACACUGACGUCUGACAUGAUGACAGAGUGUGCAGAAACAGCAAAGAGAGAGGUGGGAGGAGGGAAGCCACCCCAGUUUCUGACUGACAGGUGGAAGGGGAUGAGCCCCGAGCAGCUGAGCGCCAUCCGUGGGGAGAGAGAGGAACAGUGCCGUGAGAGACAGAGACAACAGGACACUAAGAGGAUUCAGGAUGCAGCGUGGGACCUUCAGCUCCUGAAGCUGUCCAGCGAAGCAGAGGAGAAGGAGACAAGGGCAGCAGAGCUGAGGAGACAGAGGAGGAUUCAGAUGGACCAGUACAACAUGCAGCUGGCCAGAGAGCAGCAGGCAUAUCAGGAGUACCUGAACAAGAAGCUAUACACCAACAAACCCACUAAGGACUACUUCUAUCAGUUCAACACCAGCUCCCGCUGACCAUCACACACCUUACACAGGCUUGUCCUCCUGUCACAAUGUGCUAAUAAAAUCUAUUGAUUGUUAUACUCGCACUCAAUGAGAAUUGAAUCCUAAUUAAUCAAUGCUUACUGCUUAAUCUUAAGUGACACAUAUUCAUUGAUUUUAUUGGCUGAUACUGGUGACA